AUAUCUGGUAGUCAGUGGAGUUGUUUGAUUUGCUUCUAGUUAGGAUGGUAAAAGGCAGUCAUGGCUUAGUUUCUGUUCAGUGUAGACCACAAUUUACUAAGUGUGAGUAGAGUUUGUAUUCUUGCAAGAAUUGAACUCAUUUCUUACAAAAACGUUGGGGAAGGAUAGGGGCGUGUUUGUGGUAUGUUCUAUCAGCUUGUUGUAGUCUCAGGGAUAUUCCUUUCAGGACACGAUAUUGCUGUUGAAUGUAAAUGGUGAUGAUCCAUGUUUAUUUGUUAUGAACUAGGGAACCAUUUUCAUCUACAGAAAAGCGCUUGUGGGUUAGAUUUUCAUUACAAUAGUGAAUUCGAUGCUUGAUCAUUGAAGAUGUCAAGGGAUGGAAGAAGGGAUGCUCCUUAUAAAUAGUUUGAAGCUUAUGUAGGAAUUUUGAGGAAUGAAUCUCUGUAGUGUUCGCUGGUGAAUGUGGUUGAUUUGCCUGUUUAAGUUAUUUGCAACAGAUUUUGAUGUUAUAUAGAUAAGUGAAAUAAUUGGAAUGGGGUUUGCAAACUUGCAAAAUGUAAUCAUUCUUGUUCAGUGUGAGAAAAUUGGUGACAGGGAAAGCUGUGAUUUGAUUGUGGUGAAAAUCUCAUUUAACUAGCGACCCACUUGAUUUUUUAAGUUGUUCUUCUCUCCCUUCUUUGAAACUCUUGUGCUACUUGAAUUGAACAAUUUUCUGCAACUGCAUAGCCUUGGCAAGUAGUUGCAUGCAUGAGCAUCAGAAGGAAGAAGACUGAUCUCUGUUCUGUCACUGGGGACAUCAGUCAUCAGUGACUAUGGUUUUGGUUUUUUAUUAUGAUACUUUUUUGGGGUAAUUAGGUAUAUCUUUUAGUUUUUUAGGAUAUAUUUUAAAGUUUGGAAAUGAAUUAAUUGGGCUAUCUAAGAACCACGAGCGCUGAGAUUAAAGAAGGAAAGAUAUGUAGGUUUCUGUCUCUUGCUUUUUGGAUUUUUUUUUUUUUUGGAGGGAUAGGAAUUUAUUUCAAUGAUCUACUUUGGGUAGGGAAUUUGGAAUUAAUUUGUUAUGAUUAGUGGUGGAUGACUUCAAGUGAAAGUAAAGGGCUAGGCUAUACUAACACACUUGUGAAAAUAACGAAAAUAUUAUAAAUCCUCCUAUUGGUUGCUAAGAGAUCCAAGGGAGAAAAAAAAUUAUUACAGCAACCAAAUGGAGCAGAAACUGAACAAGAAAAUAGAAGUGUGCCUUAUGCUGACCAUACAGGAUAAAAAGGGUUUUCGAAAGGUGGAUCCAGACCGUUGGGAAUUCGCCAAUGAAGGAUUUUUGAGGGGUCAGAAGCACCUGCUUAGGACUAUCAGUCGGCGAAAACCUGCCCAUGGACAUGCUAAUCAACAGCCGCAACAAACUCGUGGACAGAACUCAACUGUUGGCGCGUGUGUUGAGGUUGGAAAAUUUGGGCUUGAGGAAGAGGUAGAGAGGCUUAAGAGGGACAAGAAUGUUCUUAUGCAAGAACUUGUUAGGUUGAGGCAGCAGCAACAGUCCACAGAUAGCCAGUUGCAAGCCAUGGUUCAGCGACUUCAAGGGAUGGAGCAGCGUCAGCAACAGAUGAUGUCAUUCCUGGCAAAGGCUAUGCAGAGCCCAGGCUUCCUGGCUCAGUUUGUACAGCAGCAAAAUGAAAGCAACAGGCGCAUAACAGAAGCCAACAAAAAACGAAGGCUCAAGCAGGAGGGUGUUUCUGAGAAUGAGGGUUCUAGUGCUCCUGAUGGACAGAUUGUGAAGUAUCAGCCUCAGAUGAACGAGGCAGCCAAAGCAAUGCUCAGGCAGGUCAUGAAAAUGGAUGCUCCUUCUAGGUUGGAAUCUUAUGACAACAAUCUUGAUGGCUUCCUGAUUGGCAAUGGUUCACCAUCAUCUAGUGCAAAAGACAACGGAAGCUCUUCAAGCCGCAUGUCAGGAGUGACUCUUCAAGAGGUCCCAGCAGCUUCUGGGAUUUCUGGGCAUGGCCCCAUGGCUGCCAUAUCUGAAAUACAAUCUUCCCCGCAAAUUGCUAGCUCAGAAAAGGCUACAGCUUCUCAGUUUCCAGAAAGUAUACUGGUUGGAGGACAAGGAGCACCCUCCAUACCUAUUCCACAGGCAGAUAUAAUCAUGCCCCAGGUUUCUCAAAAGCCAGAAAUGGUGCCAGAAAUUAUUGCUGAUAUUCCUGGUGAAGAUUACAUGGAACCAGAGACAAGCAGCGAUGUGUUCCUAGAUCCAGCUUCACUUGGAAUUAAUGAUACAAUACCCAUAGAUAUUGACAACAUCUCCCCUGAUCCUGAUAUCGAUGCUUUGCUUGAUAAUUCUAGCUUCUGGGAUGACCUUCUUGCGCAGAGUCCAGUGCCUGAGGAUAUUGAAUCAAGUUCUAUGGAAGGUAAAGCCAAUGGAAAUGAUGUACAUCAAAUUAUAAACGAGUGGGACAAAGCUCAGCAUAUGGAUCAGCUGACAGAACAAAUGGGACUUCUCUCAUCAGAUCGCAAGCAGCUUUAAUCUCGCACAUCAAAUGUACCUUUCUUUCAAACCGUAAUAGUUAAACCGCCUAGAUAAACUUUUAACCUUGAUAAUCAGAUGGGCCUACUCCUUAGGCCAUUGGAACAACAAAUCGAUGCUUUUGGUUCCUGUUCCAGCAAUAGUUUUUAUUUUUUGCACAUGUGGAGACCUAAAGUUCUCUUCUUUUCUUUUUUUUCAAUUUUUUUUAAUUUGAACGUUUCCCCUCUACAUCUUGUGAGAGGCUCUAGACCUCAAAAAACAUUAUGCUAUCUUUUAAGUCCAUAGUUUUGGUUUUCCAUCUUUUGUACCUGUCAAUUAAUCCUAUUCGUGAAUGCGUAGCCUUUGUUGCAAAGCAA